UUAAGCUCGUCAUCCAGAUCUCCAGGGGGCGCUGACGUUUUCUUCCACUGGCGCGUCAUGUGGAAAUGAAUUAGCAGUACUUCCUGUCUUUGCAUUUGCUGGCUGGGGUGUUUUGUUUUGUUCCCGUCUGGUUUUCCCAAAAUGGCUGAAGAAGAGGAUGAUCCCGGGUUUGAUGAGGAGUUAGACGACGGAGGUAACGGAGCAGACUCGGGCCAAGGUAAAAGAAAGCGGCUUUUUUCCAAGGAGCUUCGCUGCAUGAUGUAUGGGUUUGGAGACGACCAAAAUCCCUACACCGAAUCGGUGGAUAUACUGGAGGAUCUAGUGAUCGAGUUCAUCACGGAGAUGACACACAAGGCGAUGUCUAUAGGGCGCCAGGGUCGCGUGCAGGUGGAGGACAUCGUGUUUCUCAUCCGCAAGGACCCUAGAAAGUUUGCGAGAGUGAAGGACCUGCUCACUAUGAACGAGGAGCUGAAGAAGGCUCGCAAAGCAUUUGACGAGGCAAAUUAUGGGUCUUGAAAUAGGCCAUCGGUUGCCAUGUUGUCCAUGCAAUCCAUGAAAAAAAUGUAAUUUCAUUAUGGGAUUUUACCUGUUGAGAACCCUUGUCCACUUUUCUUACAGCUUUGUGUUUAUUCAGUUGCUUGCCAGUUUAUACUUCAUGAGUUUUCAUUGUGUUUGUGUUUAAGAUGUACAAUAAAAAUACAUUUGUUAAACGUUCAA